AAGUGUUGAAAUGAAUCCUUCUCGGAAAAUUUCUUUGACAAAUGGAUGUUAUAAUGAAUUUUAUCUUACCUGAAGUCACAUAUCAACUUCUGAUGGAUGAAAGUGAUUCAGCUGGCCAGUGUAAAUAUGUGGAGUCUGAUGUUGACUUCCUCCAUGGUGAUUACAGUUGACAAUAUUCAUCAAACAUCUGUGAUUGACUGGAGUUGAAUUUAAAAACAUGGCUGUUUAUAAAAACAUCUUCGUUCAAAGAUUGUAGGUGGUGUUAAAUUUCUGACAAAAUCUUACAAACAUCACAGGAACAACUUUCUCUCAAGAAUACUCAUUUCUGGUCCAUCUGUCUCGGAACUUGGCAGUGAUUAAUUGAUUGUCUUGAUUGAUGAUUUUGUAUCUGAAAGUUUCUCACAUUUUUCCAUAAAAUAGAGAAAUAUUUCAAACCCAGCUUGUGAAAGUUUACAACAGUUCGGUGCUGUAAUUUCCUGUCACUUCAGACUUGUCCUGAAUAAAAGCUGUAUUAUAACUUGAAAUUCAAAGUCUCACAUAAUAACAUUCAAUUAUGCGAUGAUCGAUUCACACAAUAUUUUGUAGUGUGGUGACAAACUUGCCUGGCGAUUUAACUAUAUAAGGACUGAGGUCUUGGGAUCCAAUGGCAUUAUUUCAUCCCUGUCGUCAUUCUAGGGUCUGUUAUAAGCCAUAUCGGAAAUAAAUUGGUAUAAUAAAAUCCUUGAGGGAUACUUUCACCGGAUUGUUUUCUUACAGGUCGGGAAUCACAAAUCCUCAAUGAUCGAUUGUCAUCUGAAUUAUCCUCAUUAUUGGCAGUCUGCCAAAAUACACAUCCUCGGAGAUUACAGCAGUUUUGUAUAUGACUGAUACAGUGUGUUGAUAGAGGCAAUAUUAAUAAAGUGCUAAUUCAUAUGACCAAAUAUACUUGGAGGAUUACAAGCAGGAUAAUAUUUCACUGGGAACAGCCCAUAUACUCUUGUGUAAAUAAGUGAAGAUUUCAAGCAAAUAACAUUGUGUUCAUAUCAUUUUGUAAAUGAAAGGCAGAGUGGUCGGACCUCUUACCUUAAAGUAUCAGUUUGGAGUGAGGAGAAAUUUAUGGAGGAAUUUGAUCGUGCAUUAAGAUACUCUGUAUUGAUCUUGUGGGGGUUUAAUGGUUUUCAUGUGAUGACUUGUGGGUUUGUUUUACUUUAAACUCUGAUUGGAGAAUAACACAACUUGAUAUGUCAAUCAAAAUUGUAAAACAGAAUAUCUUUUACAUUCGGUGCAUGGAACAGGUUGGUUUGUGAUCAGAAUGAUCCAGAUAUCUGAUUUGUUAAAGUGAUUUCAAGGAUUCAUUUAUAAGACAAAUUUCUAUUCCCAAUGCUAAUCAACGAAUGGAAGACUUUUGGACACAGAAUAUCUAUAACUAGACAUAGAACAUUUUUCAAAAAUAUCAAAUUUUUUAUUGAUGUUUUCAUGAGGGAGAAAACUCUGAAGUGAAUCAUAAUUUAUUCAUUUCCUUGAGAAGUUCAUAUUGCUAAAUUUUAAAUUCAAUGUUGAUGUAUCUGUAUGAACCUUGUAAAGGAAUUUAAAAGCUUGCAUGAAAAAAAAUCUUAAAAAUUAAAUUAUGCAUUUAAAAGCAGUUUCAACAUGCAAAUGUUCAAUGUUGCGUAAUUGGACUUUCCUGAUCUCACUGAAUGAGACGAUUCACACCACAAUGUGAUAACGAUGUGAUUGAGUUCUGUGGAUAAUUCAUUCGGUGUGUUUGAUGUUUCAGUUGGCUUGCGUCAUACCUGUAAUGGGAUUUUUAUGACAAUAGAAGUUUAUAGAAGGACAUUUCAUACCCUGUAAUGGGAUUUUGAUGACAAUAGAAGGGGAUUUCAUACCAGCUCAAGGAUAAAAACCACUGCAAUAUUAUCAUCUACAAGACAUCUCCAAACCCGUACAUGCUAUAAGAAUUACUGACUGAAUAUUAUGAUGAACUUAAAGCUCAAGACAUCUGUUUUAGAAAUGUUCAACUUUGAAACUGCAUGUAUCCAUUAUAUUAUAUAGUAGAUAGAAUUGUCCUCGUUUCACUUUUCUUGUGAAGGUGCAGCUUUCUGUUUGUGACAAAUUGAAGUUUCAAAUCCUGAUUUUAUGCCGGGAGGUAGUUGCAUAUUUGAAGGGAAAAUGUGAAAUUCAUUAUUGUUGAAGCAUGUGAAAUUGAUGACAGUUUGAAAUAUUACAACAACUUGGCAUUUACAAGAUGGAUUUUAUUGGAAACUGAGGAAUAUUUUCUGUGAUUAUUCAUUGGAAUUAUAAUUGAUUUUGUGACAAAAUGAGAUUUGAACGAGAAAAGGACCGACCUUUAAGUCUCCGACCCUCAUCCGGAGUGGCGUCUUCCAUGCCAUACUUUGUGGUAUGGAUGAAGCAGCCAUCUUGUCUAAGUGGAGAAAAAGUGCCGAUUCAUUAUAGAAGUAAUAAGAAACAGAUCGUGCCAGCUCCUGCUCUAGCUCACGAUCUGUCUACGCCAGAGUUACAAGAUCUCGAGGAAAGUGGGCGUAGUUCCCGCUCUAGUGCUCACCUUUCCCCUAAGACUUUGAAAGCACCAGCUUUUUUACCAGGGAUGAACCUGUACGGCUAUGGAGACAAUAGACAAACAGGGGGGGACCGAGUGAUAUUUGCGGAGAGUCCUUCGGCCCCUGGAAUACCGGUGGUGUAUAGGACGCCUGAUGAAAGGUCCUCUAAUCCAGACAGACUCAACCUUGAUAGGCGGAAAUUGACAGUAUGUCCAAUACUAGAGGGCGAGGAGCAGCUACGGCUGCUGAACUACCAACACAACAUGAUCGGCAAGAUCCAACACCUCAGCACCUUAAAGCGCCUCAUCUUUCUCGACUUGUAUGACAACCAGAUCGAGGAGAUUUCCGGCCUCAGUGCACUUAAAUCUCUACGGGUACUCAUGUUGGGGAAAAACAAAAUAAAAGCAAUAGAAAAUUUAGAAACGCUUUGUAAACUGGACGUCCUGGAUUUACACGGGAAUCAGAUUGGUAUGAUUGAGAAUCUAAACCAUCUGUCUGAGUUACGAGUGCUGAACCUUGCAGGGAAUCAGAUCGCUUAUGUUGACAAUCUGUCAGGCCUGGACUCCCUCGCGGAGCUGAACCUCCGUCGUAACAGGAUCAGAACUGUGGUUGAUGUAGACAAUCUACCCAGCCUACAGCGGUUGUUCCUCAGCUUCAAUGACAUCUCAAGUUUCGAGGAUAUUGCCUGUCUUGGGGACUCCAACAGCCUGUCUGAAAUCACUCUGGAUGGCAACCCUAUCACCCAGGAACAGUACUACAAACAGAUUGUCCUCCGACACAUGCAGCAGCUCAAACAGCUGGACAUGAAGCGAGUCACGGAGGAGGAGCGCCGGAUAGCUUUGGUGAUGGCACGGAAGGAGGAGGAGAAAAAACGGGAGGGCAGCAAAGCAGCCGUUUUGAAGGUAGUUUCCUCACCUAUAGUCCAGAGUGCACCUCCAAUCACGGAGAAGAAAAGAAUAGCUAUCAACAAUGCUAAAAGGCAAUGGGAGGUGAUGCAGGGUACGAUGAUUAACCGAACAGGAAAGCUCGUCAAAAUGCCGGAUAUAUAUGCCAACCAUGUGGGGUCUGUACCGAACUCCGAUCUAGUCCAACCAAUGACUUUUAGCGAGGAAAAUCUUGACCUUGAAUCUGUACAUAGUGAGAAGUACAGUAGUCGAGGUGGUAGUCGGCCCAGCAGUGCCCAGAGUAGCAACGUCAAUGAUGGCACGGAGGGAAAUAAGGACCGGCCUCGUACCAGUACAAACAGCGCUAACAGUGUCAAGAAAGUUGAACCUCAGAAGUGUGGACAGCUCAAGGAGACUAUAAUAUUCGGACAAGGGGACACAACCCAAGGUGGUGGAUUAAACAACCUGGCUGACCUAGAAGGGGAUACACUGACAUUGUAUGGAGCCAAGUCCCUUGAGGGUCUGGAUAGAAACUGGGGCAUGCAAGCCGCAGCUGCUAUCACACAUAUCUUCUUUAAGUUUAUAGACUUUGACGAGAUCGUAAAACAUCUUCACAAAGUACGGACACGGUUCCCAGGUGUACAGACUGUAACAUUUAGUGCUACAAACAUCAGAACCCUAUCACAGAUCAAUGCGCUGUCAAACAUCCGUCGCCUUGACAACCUGACGAUAGACUUGGAUGGGAACCCAGUCACAAAAUUCACCUUGUGGCGGAUGUAUGUUAUUUUCAGACUGGCACAUUUCGCUCUCAAAAAGAUCAAUGAUAUCGAGGUAUCAGCCUCCGAUAUUGUGAAUGCAGAGAAGCUUUAUGGCCCUGUGUCCCACAUUACGACCUCGCAGCUCCCUCAGUCUAGGCUGCUGUCUCUACUGGGGGAAACCAGGAGAAAGCAGCUCCUGGCUAUGAGCGAGGAGAAAUCCAAGAAAUUCUUGGAAGGAAAACUUGACAAAUCACAGGGGGAGUUUGUGGGUCGAUCCGGGUUACAUUACACCAGUCCGGAUACAGUCUCAUCUAAAUCGACGGAACAACAAGCCAAGAAAACAUUUGCCAGAUCCUACAUUAAUGAGAUAGUGAAAGAGACAGUGUUUGCUGAUAGAAAGAAGAAUGAACUUCUCAAACUGUGGCCAUCAAUUUUCCAUGAAAUGAUUUAUUCUGCAGUAGCUGACAUGGCAGACAUUCAAGGAUAUUCGAAACGAUGUUUGGAAGAGAUAGAAAAAGGAAGCUAGUGAUGGAAUUAUCUAUUAGUAACAGAUUCAAAUUAAUUGUUUAAUUCCUAGCAAAGCUGACCAAUAUGGCUGGUAGAUACUGACCAAUAAGGCUGGUAGAUACUGACCAAUAUGGCUGGUAGAUACUGACCAAUAAGGCUGGUAGAUACUGACCAAUAAGGCUGGUAGAUACUGACCAAUAAGGCCGGUAGAUGCUGACCAAUAUGGCUGGUAGAUGCUGACCAAUAAGGCUGGAAGAUACUGACCAAUAAGGCCGGAAGAUACUGACCAAUAAGGCUGGUAGAUACUGACCAAUAAGGCUGGUAGAUACUGAUCAAUAAGGCCGGUAGAUGCUGACCAAUAUGGCUGGUAGAUGCUGACCAAUAAGGCUGGAAGAUACUGACCAAUAAGGCCGGAAGAUACUGACCAAUAAGGCCGGUAGAUGCUGACCAAUAUGGCCGGUAGAUGCUGACCAGUAAGGCUGGUAGAUGCUGACCAGUAAGGCCAGUAUAUGCUGACCAAUAAGGCCGGUAGAUACUGACCAAUAAGGCCGGUAGAUACUGACCAAUGAGGCCGGUAGAUGCUGACCAAUAAGGCCGGUAGAUGCUGACCAAUAAGGCCGGUAGAUACUGACCAAUAAAGCCGGUAGAUACUGACCAAUAAAGCCGGUAGAUGCUGACCAAUAAGGCCGGUAGAUGCUGACCAAUAAGGCUGGUAGAUGCUGAUUUUUGUUCAGCUUCUCUGUGAUUGGCUUACUCACUGCUUGCACCAUGGAGAAACACCUAUCAGAAUAUAACUGUGAUUAGCCACUGACAUAUGAAUAUAACAAAAGCUGUGAUUGGUCAUUUUAUUUGUGACAAGGAAAGGUGAUUAUUUUUCAUGUAUGUUAUAAGUAUUUUGAUUGGUUGUUUGUAAUCAUGAAGAUGAUGCCGAUUGGUUAUGACCAUUUGGCCAUGGUUGGACUUUGCAGAGUAGCCUUGCUCACGUUCAUUGUACAUGUAUUCUCAGUGCUUUUCUGCUCAAGUUUGAUAUUUAUUUUCACAGAUAAUCUUACAUGCCAGUUCAUAAAUAAUUUAGAUGUGCUAAUUAAUUUAGUUGAGAUGAAUAUAUUUAAGAAAUUCAUCAUAAGUUUUGCAUUCAAAUAAUAAUUCUUCCAUAGGCUCAGAUUUUGAGCAGGGUAUAUUCAUUUCACAAGCUACAGACAUUAUAUCACAGAAUAAAAUGUUCAUGUUAAACGUGUGAUUAAAUUUAUCCUAUAUCUUAAUAUUUAUUAUGUUUCAUAUUGAAAAAAAAAGAAAUUCAAGUCAAUUGGAAUCUCAUAAAUAGUGCCACACUUAAUAAGAUUUGUGAAUUUAAUUAUUGUGAUAUAUAUCUGUAUGUAACAAAGUGACAAUCAUCACUUAUUGUACCUGAAGAAUAAUGACUAUUUUUUGUGUAGAUAACAUUGUUAUGUCUGUAGUAACAUAUACAUGUACCAAUGCUGUGACAUCCUUAACUAUGCAGAUUUGCUUACAGAAAUAUGUUUAAAUUGUACAGAGAAACAAUUUGUCCUAACCAGUCGUCAUUCUACCUUCAAAUUUUAAAUUCACAGGUAAUUGCAACAAUUUAAGAUUGGCAUUUAAAAAUACAUUGAUUUUUAAUAGAUAAGCAUUUUUUUCCUCAAAAAAACUAAUACAAUGUAUAUAUAUAUAAUAUUUAGUGCAAAGGGAAAAUUUAACUUAUUAGCUGGAAUUCAGAUUUGAUAGCAACAUUACUGUGAUAUCAAAAGUAUCAAAAACUUACAGUGGCAAAGAUCAUGUAAUAUCACUUCAUUCACAUUAUUGGACUUAGAAUAGAAAAUUAAUUAAAAUCAGAAAAUUUCAAAUUGAACAUUAGAAUAGAAAAUCAAUUAAAAUCAGAAAAUUUCAAAUUGAACAUUAAAAUUUUGCUUCAAUUUUAAAAUAUACAUGUAUUUUGAAAAAAAAAAUAAAAAAAUUUUCAUCAACAAAUAUCCAAUCAAAUUGUUGUCCCUGCAAAUUUAAAUCAUUUCUUAAAAUCAAUUUUCAAAAACAUGUUUCCUGGACAUUAUGCUUGGCUUGAACUUAUAUUAAAUUUUAUGACUAGGUUGAAAAAAAUAAUGAAAGGAGACAUUUGAUGUUAUUCUCUGUAAUGAUUACAUAGACUAGGAUUAGAGCAGUUUAUACUUUAUUCAUGGCACGCUUCCAAAGCACAAUAACAGAUUCAGGGAAGUCACUCCAUACACGACAAUGUUUAACCCAGUGUCAUAGAUUUGUUAUUUUGUGUAUGUGACAGUAUAUGUGGUUAAAACACCAGAGCUUGAUAGAAUAUUUAAGAUAUGGAUAUGUGUUUAAUUUUGUUAUUUGCAACUUUUUUUCUUGAGCAAAUGAGUUGGAAAAUAUUUUUGGAUGAAAAUAUAUGAGUUUCUUGAGCAAAUGAGUUGGAAAAUAUUUUUGGAUGAAAAUAUAUGAGUAAGCGUGCAUGUAUAUAUGUAAGAUAAAUGAAUGGAUGGGAGUGACUGAACUCAAAUGAAGGGUCAGAAUGUUUUUUUUUUUUUUGCAGAGAUGAUUUAUUAUUUUGAAAUAAUCUCACUAUUAACAAUAUCUUAGUCAUGUUUUACACUAUAUCUCCUCACAGUGUUGUUAGGAAAUACACCAAAUAAACCUGGGCAAAUUUCCUCUAAUUAAUGAAGGUUGGGCAGCUCACUCUAAUUCAAUAUUUGUGUGGUGAAGCGAGACACACUGGUAAAAUACUGGCAACUUCCUAGUGAAGUUUAUUGUCCACACAAUUAACUUAAAUCAUUUCUAAAUUCAGGAAUUCAAAAAUUCUGAAUCAAGUUACCAGUACUCACAUGUUAACAUGGACCUGCAUGGACAUCUAAAAAAAAGUGUCGGAAAUAUCGCUACAAUAUGAAUAUAUAUUUAGAUUGAUGUUCAAUGCCUUGAAAGUAAUUCUGGAUUAUGUUUUUUAAUAAGGUAAAUUCUGGAUCAAUUUCAAUCUUAUAAACCCAUGUUUUAGUUGGUUUUAGGCUAGUUUUGCUACUUAUAAUUACUUCCCUUUCUAUGACAAAGUAAUUCAGUACAUUGUGAAUGUUAUUUUACUACUGAAGGGAGGUAACUGUUGGCCCAAAAACAUGUAACAUUCAUUUUUGUCAUGUAAUAGAAAACCUAGUAUGUACUUGCACAAAAUCAAUUUUAUUUUAAGUUUUGAUAUUCACUCUAGUUACUUACAAUGCUAGGCUUGCUAAUUUUUCUCAGCACUGUAUGCAUGGUACCCGAAAUAUCAUGCAGUUGUUAACCACAAGUUUGGUAAGAAUCAAAAAUUAUAUUUGAACCCAAGACCAGUUUGAGGGACAUUAGUGGCUAUAUUCUGUUAAUGUCUCUAUGUAAAACCAUCAACACAAGAAAACUACAGGGUGUCGAUACUCAACAUUUGACUUAUAAUUUGAUAAAUGAACAGAUAGAUCAUAUCAAUUGUUGUUGUUAUAUAUAAUCUGCCAAAAGGAAUUAUUUGGAAACAUUGAACCCCUCAGGUAUAUAUACAUGUAUAUGCAACCGACCUUUGAACCCUUUCCACCUUUUUGAUUAACUUUUAAACUCGUCACCUGUGUAGUUAACCUUUGAUCUUCUCGACAUCUUUCAAGGGGGUGAAAGGAUGACCCUAGAUCUCUCGUACCCUCAGACAGCCAUAUAGUUAUACCAUGGACCUCGGUCCGAUCCCAGUGCCUAGUCUUGCUUCCUCGUCCCCAGUACUGUGUUUCUGUCACUGUCAUUUCAUAAAUAUUCAACAAAUCGAUGUAAGGUGACACUAGACAAAAUCUUUAUGUUGAAAUGUUGGGAGUUUUGAAAUAUUAACAACAUUACUCUCCUACUGAGCAGCUUAUCAAUGUUGAACUCUCAAUCAAUUGCUGUUUAUUUACUUAUCAAAAUGGAAAAUUUAUUAUUUAUUUUUUUACUGUGUAGGAUGGCAACGUGACUGUACACAAUAAUUAUGAUGUAGGGAUCCAAUCCCAAAAUAUAUUGAAUAUAUAAAA